AGCUUCUGCUAGCCACCAAAAUUUUUUGUCUCACCCAGAACUCCAAGUUUUCCCCGAGUUUCUAAUAUUAGUGUUCCGUUCUGGGUUUUAAAAAUGCCAAUAUAAGAAAAUGGAAAUGGAUGGAGAACUCAAAAUACAGCUGACAUAAAUGAUAAUCAAAAUGGGAAAUGCCGAAAUGGAAACUGUCAUGACGAUUUGGCUGCUGUCAAGUUGAUUUCCUCGACAGAGGAUCGCAAACAAGAGACGGAAACUUUAGCAGACCAUGCGAUCGUCAUUGGUGGCAUCAUGUUUAGUCUUCCUGGUCGUGGAUUUCGGCUCGACAACAGGAUUGACAUCACCAGAAGUGCAAGACGGCCAAGUUCAGACUGUGGAAGCGGUGCUCGGUCAUGGAUUGACGCUGCAGUGUCACCUGCCCGACAUGGAAGAUAAAUCCGGUCUGACAAUACGAUGGCAAAGAUGGGCAACGCACCGUGGCGCCGUUCACGACGACGCUGAACUGACGGCCGAGAGGGUCGUACGGCGUCGCCGCCACCAUCGCCGCCGAUCCCGCCGCCUCAUCCAUCAGUCUACCGGGUCUGCAUUACGUUUCGCCUCCAUUUCAGAAGAGGACGAGGGGCUGUACAGGUGUGUCGCAUCCAGCACUAGCAGCAGCGUCGAUAACAUCGAGACUAGCGUCGACGACGAAGGAAGAGAUCAGUCGUUCAACGAUACCCAAAACGAUCGCCAUUCGCUCGUAUCAAAGCCGACACUCGAUCAGCUGGACGUUGACAACGCUACCUCCGUUUCAGCUAUUAACGACGUCGAACAACAGAGCGGAGAAGCAGCAGCAUUAACGAGUAGUAUUACUGCUACAGACACCACGUCGACGGUGUACGGAUCGUUCAUCUACUUACGCAUUCAAGUGGCUGCCGUCUUGACGGACUACCCGGAAUCGCCUGUGUUGAUCCACCCGUUGCGGCAACAGCGACGAAAGCAACGUCUCAAGUGUUUGGCAUUUGGUCAUCCGACGCCCGUCAUCCAUUGGCGAGUCAUCGACAACGACAGCAGCGCGCACCAGGUGCGUUUGGUUGAAGAGGAAACGCGGCAAAUAAAACGGCCUCAACGUGGUUACGUCCGCUCCGUAGUUGGAAUCGAGUGGGAGGGUCGACGGGAGGAAGACGAGGACGACGACAGCUGGCAGCAGACGGUUAACGUGACUUGUUCAGCUAGCAACGCUAUUGGACGUCAGACGCACACCGACACGCGAAUGUUCAACUUGGAAAGAGUCCGCCCGGCGGACGUGAGAGGUGAACAAGAAGAUGAAGCCAAUGAUAAUCAAGCUGGCGCGGGGUAUUGUGGUCGCUACACCGGCAACAUUUGCCGGGGUCAGCUCAGCAACCCCGCCUCCGUUUGGUACAACAUUAGCAGUAACGACCAAACCGGAGGUUGGCUCAACGAGCAACUUGUUCACGGUUUGUGGGAGGAAGUUGUCAACACUUUGCGGGAACCCUGCAAAUCAGCCGCAAAGAAAUUAUUGUGCUUGUACGCUUUCCCCGAGUGCCAUCUAGACGAAGAUGGAUUCGCACGCAAGUUGCCUCUUUGUUACGAAGAUUGCAUGGCGACGAGGCAGCUCUUCUGCGUCGACGAUUGGGCUCAGCUGGAAAGCAACAAACAACGGGGAUUCUACCUGGGUUCCAGGGGUCACUUUCGUUUGCCCAAAUGCGAGAAAUUGCCCAGGAUCGGAUCGCGCAGCUUUUUCAUGUCCAGCAGCCACGGCGGUAGCAAGUACGGCCAAGAUCCGCCCAGUUGCUCGCGUGGCCAUUUGACUCAACUCGUUCCAGCCGAAGUGACCACCUCGUGCAUCAAAGGACGUGGCCGUUUUUACCAGGGCAACGUGAGCGUGACACGAGACGGCAUCGCGUGCCAACGAUGGGAUGCCCAGGAGCCGCAUUCGCACAAUCGUCCGCCGCUCAACAUUUUCCCCGAAAUGCAAGGGGCGGAAAAUUUCUGCCGUAAUGCCGGCGGAGAAGAACCCCGCCCUUGGUGUUACACGACGGAUCCUCUUGUCCGAUGGCAACCCUGCGAUAUUCCGCAAUGCGGUCAUUCAGAGGUCGAAGUGACUCUUCUUCCAAUGGAGGCCACUUUUACUCCUGGAUUUGUUCUCCUCCUGGCCGGAGUCGGUUUCCUCUCGUUACUCAUCUUUCUCCUGUUUUUACUGUUGUGCCAGAGGGCCUUAAAGCACAAACAAGGCUACCAGCUUCCUUCAUUACAAAAAGAAUCGAUCGACCUGCAGAAGCUGCGUGAUAACUCGACCUAUCAGUGUGUCGGCGCCCGGAUCGAUCCGUCUCUGGAAAAACUGGAAUAUCCUCGCAACGACAUAAUCUACAUCAGAGACAUUGGCCAGGGAGCUUUCGGUCGUGUCUUUCAAGCCAAAGCUCCUAACCUGGUGAAAGGUGAGGCGUGCACGAUCGUGGCCGUCAAGACACUUAAAGAAGAAGCGGACGAUGAAAUGUGCGCAAAUUUCGAGAAGGAAGCUUGCCUAUUGGCCGAGUUGGACCAUCCCAACAUAAUCGGCUUGCUGGGCGUCUGCGCCGUCGGCAAGCCCAUGUGUCUCUUGCUCGAGUUUAUGGAACUGGGCGACCUGCGGCAAUAUUUGCGCUCUUGUUGCCCGUCCAAUUACAUCGCCAUGCCCGAAUCGUCGGGCUCGUCCAACGACUUCAAAGACGUCAAACUCAAUGCGGCCGAUUUGACGAGUAUGGGCCGGCAGAUCGCCGACGGCAUGGUUUACCUCUCGCAAAGAGGUUUCGUUCAUCGCGACCUGGCCACUCGCAACUGCCUGGUCAGCUCCAACGGCCCGCCCAGCAGCGGUGGAGGUGUCACGGUCAAAAUCGCUGAUUUCGGCCUGUCGCAGCGAGUCCACUGGCAGCAGUACUAUUACACGGGGACGGACAAUGACGCCAUACCCAUCCGCUGGAUGCCGCUGGAGAGCAUCAUCUUUAACAGAUACACCACGUCGUCGGACGUCUGGGCCUUUGGCGUUUGCCUGUGGGAGAUCUUCUCCUAUGCCCAGCAGCCCUAUCAAGGAAUGUCGCACGAGGAAGUCGUUCGCUAUUUGCAAACGGGCGGAAUGCUCCAGCCGCCUGCCCACGCCUCCUGCGCCAUUUACGCGGUCAUGCGCUCCUGUUGGCACAGUGCAGCUAGCGAACGACCCACCUUUGUCGAUCUGCAUGAUGAACUUGUAGCCAUCGAAGAAGCUCUUUGUUGCCAACCUCGUCCGGCUUCGGACCCACCUCCGGUUCAUCUUUGAACAUUUGUUUUUUUUUUUUUUUUCAACUUGGAAAUAGUCACGCCAUCUUUUGUUUGUUUUUUUUAAAUCUCCCAAAUCAUGGUAUAUUUAAAUUACUUCCAAACCUUUUUUCUAUCAAGCACUCGUGUUACACUGCACAACGUCAAUCAUAUCAUAUUUCUUUUUUCUUUCCAGUCAUAGCGCCUUUGGCUAUCGCAUUAUGUUUGUGCUAAGAGCGAAGAAAUGAAAGAAUCUCUGUGGGAUCUGAUGUGCAUCUAGAAUUAACUUUUGUGUUCCAUUGUUCUUGUCUUGUAGGGAAAAAAAAAAACUUGGCAAUGAUCUCUUUCAACAGUCAACUCUGCUUUUAUUUUCCGUUUUGGUGUCUUUAAUUUAUUUUUUGGGGGGUUUUGUUUUCGCUGUAUGAUGUACCGUAUAUUGGUAACAGUUGUCUAAUAAGUAAGACGUUACAAUUAUCGAUCUUGCAGCCAGAGAAAUGGAUGUAUCGACUCACUGUUAGUCAAUAGAUUCUUUUUUGCAAUA